UCAUCCUGGUCUUAUCUUACCCACAUUGACCUGUACAACCUUCAUUAUACAUUGCACGUGAGGGCUGAAUUUGUCAUUUCAUACCCUCCACCAUUACCACUAUAUCUUACCUCUCACCCCCAUUCACUCUCUUCAUCCUCACUCCAAACUUGCCAUCCUUACUCUCAACUUGUUCAACACAUCAAAAACUAGAGCAACGACUUAAACAAAUAAAUACACAUUACAUUGUAGGAAACAAAAAUAGAGUUUUGAAAAAUGACUACCAUAUUAUGGUGGAUCACAUUAGUGUUGGCGUUCACUGUCAGUACAAAAACAGUGAACGCCUGUCCACCUUCCGACCUGGCAGCUUUGUUGUCAUUCAAAGCUGCCUUACACGAGCCUUAUUUGGGCAUAUUUAACUCGUGGACAGGCACAGACUGUUGCAACAAAUGGUAUGGCAUUACCUGUGACCCGUCCACUAAACGGGUUGCAGACAUCGCCUUACGUGGAGAAUCUGAAGAUCCGCUUUUCCAAAAAGCAAAAAGAACCGGUUACAUGACCGGUUCAAUCUCUCCCUCUAUUUGCAACCUACAAAGGCUUUCAAAUAUAAUAAUAGCGGACUGGAAGGGCAUUUCAGGUACUAUACCUAAAUGUAUAACUACCCUGCCCUUCCUCCGCCACCUAGAUCUCAUCGGAAACAGAAUUUCCGGCGAGAUUCCAUCAGAUAUAGGAAAACUAUCCCAAUUAACCGUUCUCAACUUAGCAGACAACCAAAUCACCGGCCCAAUACCGAACUCCAUAGCAAAUCUAUCUUCACUAAUGCAUUUAGACCUACGAAACAACAUGAUUUCGGGCCAAUUACCUUCCGGAAUAGGCAAAUUACGCAUGCUAAGCCGAGCAUUACUAUCAGGAAACCGCAUUUCGGGCCAAAUUCCCCGAACUAUAGCCCAUGUGUACCGUUUAUCCGAUCUAGACCUGUCUUUAAACCGCUUAUCGGGACCAAUACCCGACUCAUUAGGCAAAAUGGCGGUGCUAGCUACAUUGAAUCUAGACGGAAAUAUGAUAUCUGGUGAAUUGCCACCAUCAUUGAUGAAUUCUGGAAUAAGUAUUUUGAAUUUGAGUAGAAAUGGGAUACAAGGAAUGAUUCCGGACGUGUUUGGGCCGAAAUCGUAUUUUAUGGUAAUGGAUUUAAGUUAUAAUAAUUUAAAAGGUGUGAUACCGAAAUCGAUAACGACAGCGAGUUAUAUCGGGCAUUUGGAUAUAAGUCAUAAUCAUAUGUGUGGUGCGAUUCCGGCUGGUUCGUGGUUUGAUCAUCUUGAAGCGUCGUCGUUUAGUUAUAACGAUUGUUUGUGUGGGAAGCCACUUAAAGCAUGUUCUUAAUUAAUUACUCGUAAGAAUUUUUCGAUUAAUUAAUGUUAAUGUUAAUGAUUAUUACUUGUUGCGGUUUACAUUUAAGGAAUGAGAAUGUAAGUGUAAAAUGAUGUCGUUUUACUCGUGAAGGUGUUAUUAUAAAAAUAACGGUGGAGUAAAUUUUCGUCGGUGGAGGUGAAAAAGUAAGGAGAUACAUAAAUAUAGUGGGGACUUAAUGUUCAUGGUAAUAACGUGAAUCGUUUAUGUAAUGGUAAAAUAUGUUGUGGUUUUUUCAUAAAAUAGAAAGUUUAGAUGCGAUAACAUUUUUUAUUAA